UUUUCCACGCCUAAUUUUGUUUAUCAUAGUCUAUACUUCAUUAUUCACCCCCUUCCUCCUAGAGUUCUGUUCCCUAUUUUCUUUUUUCUUUUGUGCUUCCCAUUUUCCCUGGAAAACAACCCACUUUUGCAGAGAGGGUAAACUAAAGUUCUCGUAUGAGAUGUUUCUGAGGUACCAUGAAAAGUUAGUUCAAACACAAAUAAGACAGAAAUCAGGUUGCAUGGAGGAUUGAGAGUGUACCCGUACAAAUCAUCGAUCAUAAAGUAAUAAAGAAGGAAUAUGGCAACAACAAAAAUAAUAACUUCAACGAUCCUAUUCUUCUUCAUUCUUUCAGUUGGUUUUUGCAUUUACUAUCUCCAACUCGAUGUUUCUAUGAUCACAAAUAGUUUCAGCAAAAAGGAAGAAGUAGUAACCUCAAAAGACACAAAGAGAACAGAAACCCCUCCAGUUAGUUGCUUGUUUGCAAACCUGACUCUUACAUGUCCUUUAAGUAAUUCAGAGACAAUAAUCACGUCAACCAACAAAUCAUCAACCGAAGUAUGCCCUGAAUAUUUUCGUUGGAUACAUGAAGACCUAUCGCCAUGGAGAAAGACUGGAAUCUCGAACGAUAUGAUAAUGCGUGCAAGGAGAACAGCAAACUUCAGAUUAGUAAUUGUUGAUGGUAAAGCUUAUCUGGAGACGUAUGGGAAGGCUUAUCAAUCGAGAGAUACGUUGAACCUAUGGGGAAUACUACAACUUAUGAGGAGGUACCCGGGGAAGCUACCCGAUUUGGAUUUGUUGUUCGACUGCAAUGACCCUCCAGUCAUCGAAUCUAGUUUAUAUAUGCAACCCAAUUCCACUGUUUCUCCGCCUGCACUGUUUAGUUAUUGCUCAGACGACUCUCAUUUGGAUAUCGUCUUUCCUGACUGGUCCUUCUGGGGUUGGCCUGAGAUCAAUAUAAAACCAUGGAAUACACUAUUAGAGGAGAUGAAAGAGGAAAAUAGGAAGCUCAAAUGGACAGAAAGAGAACCUUAUGCUUAUUGGAAAGGAAACACUGAUGUAGGUAACUCUAGGAAGGAUCUCAUCAAGUGCAAUGUCUCAGACAAACAAGAUUGGGGUGCUCGACUAUAUGAACAGGAUUGGGGUCGUGAGUCUCAAAAUGGAUUCCAGAAGUCUAAUUUAGCAAAACAAUGCACUCACAGAUACAAGGUUUAUAUAGAAGGUUGGGCUUGGUCUGUCAGCCAAAAGUACAUUUUAGCUUGUGAUUCUCUCACGCUGCUGGUUAAGCCCCGAUUCUAUGAUUUCUUCACGAGAGGUUUGAAGCCUAUGAAACAUUAUUGGCCUAUCAAGAUCAGUGACAUGUGCAGAUCCAUUAAGUUUGCUGUUGGUUGGGGAAACAAACACGAACAGAAGGUUCAGGAUAUUGGGAAGGCUUCCAGUGACUUCAUCCGCGAAAAUCUAAAGAUGGAAUACAUUUAUGAUUAUAUGUUUCAUCUCUUAAACGAAUAUGCUAAAUUAUUGACAUAUAAACCAACAAUACCUCCAAAUGCGAUAGAAUUAUGUUCUGCGACCAUGGCUUGUCCUCAUCCCGAUGGACUUGAGAAGACCUACAUGAUGGAAACCAUGGUGAGGCAUCCUAGUGAUACUGGGCCAUGCACCAUGCCUCCCCCAUUUGAUCCUCCAUCUUUUCACUCUCUGCUGGAAGAAAAAGAACAAUCAAUCAAAAAGGUGGAGAUACUGGAGAAUAAAUUUUGGAGCAGGCAACGCAAGUAAAUUUUCGUUUUACAACUUUUUUGUUUUCAUUAAAAUUAUAUCAAAUGAGAUUUGGCUAGUAUACAUCUAGAGCUGAUAAUAUAUGGGGUUAAAUGAUAAGUGCAUAAUUUGCACCAGAUAUUAGUUUUCUUGUAUUUAGUCCUGGUUUGUUUGUUUUUUUCCUCAAGUACUAGAGUAAUUCUUUUUAAUUUGGGGGAAUGACUAUAAUAAUUCUUGAAA